AUUGCCAAUGAUGAAUGUCAUCAUAUUGGGCAGCACACUGACAUUAACAGAAACGAAAAAAAUAUUUCAUCAUAUUGUCACAUUAUUAUUGUGUUAUCAAUUGACAGUUCAAGUUAAGCUGUAAAAUAUAAACAUUCUAAUAUUCUUUUUUGAAAUCAGUUAAAAAAUUUUUGAUUUAUUAAUUUCAAAAUGGGUUGUGAUGGUGGAACUAUUCCUAGAAGAGAUGAAUUAGUUAAAUUGAAGAAAAAGCCCGAACAAAAAGAUAAAGAUUCAGAAUUAGCGUAUAAAUGGAGACAUUGUGCUCUAACUCAGGAGAAAUUAGUUCAACCUAUUGUAGCAUGUGGAUUAGGAAAAUUAUACAAUAAACAAGCUGUUAUUGAAUCCUUACUUUCAAAAUCACUUCCAGAAUCAGCAUCACAUAUUCGAAACUUAAAAGAUGUUAAAGAUAUUAAAUUAUCACCAAAUCCUGCAUACAAAUCUGAAACAGACAAAAGUUCACCUUAUAUUUGCCCUAUUAUUGGACUAGAAAUGACAGGAAGAUUUCGUUUUGUUUGUUUAUGGAGCUGCGGAUGUGUUUUCUCAGAACGAGCGUUCAAAGAAAUAAAAACGAAGCAGUGUGUUAUGUGCCAACAACCAUUUGAAGACAAUAAUGUCGUCGUUUUAAAUGGAAAUGAAGAGGAUUUGAUAUUAAUGUCGACAAGAAUGGCAGAACGUAAAAACAAACUAAAAGAGAUGAAAAAAGAUAAAAAGGAAAAGAAAAUUGCCUCAAGUACAUCUGUAAGCAAUACAGAAACAACUGCCACUGAUGGAAAUAAGUCUACAAAUAUGUGUACAAUCACCAGUGACAAAAGUUCUGCAAGUACAUCUACAAUUAAAGUAGAACCUACCACUUCUAAUAGUAGUCAUACGGUGGUGAAACCGGUUAAAAGAGGUGCAGAUUUAAAGCCAAUUCACGAUCCACUGUUUAAAAAAGCGAAAGGAGAAUACAGUGUAUCUAAGGAUCCUAAUGCUACAGAAGUAUUUAAAUCGCUAUUUACAUCUCAUCAAACAGAGAAGAAACAAGAUAGAGCUCAUUGGAUCACUUAUAAUCCAUUUUAUAACUAAAAUGUGAAAAUUAAUUUGUAUU